AUGAUCAUUGAAAAAUCAAUUUUAAUAUCUGGUUUGAUUUCGUAUGCAGCAAGUACAAUCACUACUUGUAAUCCGUUGCAUGACAAGCAUUGUCCUAAAAAUAAUGCUUUGUCUGCCUCUUUCUCUGAAGAAUUCUUAGUAGAGUCUAAAUGGUUCAGCAACAACGGAAAUCCAGGAAACAUCACUUAUGAUGAAAGUGGUUUAGGUAUUUCUUUGACCAAAAGAUUUGAUAACCCAAGUCUGAAAUCAAAUUUUUAUUUCAUGUAUGGUAAAUUUGAAGCUAUAAUUAAGGCUGCUCCAGGAACUGGUAUCGUAUCUUCAAUUUUUUUACAAAGUGAUUGUUUAGAUGAAAUUGAUAUCGAAUGGCUAGGUGGUGAUAAAAAUGAAGUUCAAUCCAAUUUCUUCUCAAAGGGUGUUACCACAACCUAUAAUAGAGGUAUGUUUCACCCGGUUAAUGACAGCGUUUCCGCUUUUCAUAAUUAUACCUUAGAUUGGCAACAGGACAAAACUCAAUGGUAUAUUGAUGGGACUUUAGUCAGAACCUUGAAUUCUGAUGACUCAGAAGGUUAUCCACAAACCCCAAUGUCUUUAUACAUUGGUAUUUGGGCUGGCGGUGAUCCUUCGAACCAGCCUGGUGUUAUUGAAUGGGCUGGCGGUGAAACAAAUUAUAAUGAUGUUCCUUUUACCAUGUACCUUAAAAAAUUAGUGGUUACUGAUUAUUCAACUGGUUCAGAAUACAUGUAUGCUGAUAAAUCUGGAUCAGCCAAAUCCAUUAAAGCAAAAGAUGGUUUAAUUAAUGGUAGAUAUGCUGAGGCACAGAUCGAAUUUGCCAAAUUGGUGUAUACUGACGCUGAAACAACUUCAGGAACAUAUAGUUCGCUGAAUGAAACUAAAACAACCACCAAAAAUACUUCUUCCUCAACCUCAUCUGACACCAGUUCCAGUUCAAUCAAAAGUAAGUACGCAAAUGGCAGUCCUAUCUUAGUCACUGAAUCAUUAGUAUCUUCAUUGAUGUAUUCUGCAACCACCUUAUUGUUGGCAUUUGUUCACUAG